GCCGUAAUCACGUCUCACUGUCGUCCUACGCGGGAAAGGAACCAACUUUUCAUUCGCCAUGUCUCGCAGCUGUUCACCGGUCGCGAUAACGUGGGCGACGGCGACCUCACUCAACGAAAACUUUAUAUUUUCGAAAGAAAUAACCGAUACAUUCGUUGAAGUGGAUCUUAAAGUAAUGGCGGCGUCAGACAGCUUCGCGAUGAAAGCAACACUCCUGGGAAUGAAGAACUCAUCGAAGAAAUAUCUCCUGAACUAGAUGCCGUCGGCAAAUCUUGUUAUAGUGGAUGCCGCGGGAUAUGCAAUCGAGAGAUAUCCCGCGGUGCUUCUUUCGAUCCACUUAAAAUUUUUUGGGCCCCGUUACUCCGGUUUUCUUGCGCUACUUGCAUCAGGAGAAUGCUCGCGUAACAGACUACUCGUACUUCGUAUACGAAACACUUACUCUUCCUAAGAACAUCUCGUAAAAGUACAUAUUAGAUCGUGAUAACACGCAGUCUGCGAUUUCUAAUUAAUUUUUUCAUUUCUUAAACAUAAGUAUUUUUAAUUUUAUAUUUGGUACAAGUUUUGGGAAAUUUUCCUGUUCUCUGUGUUUCCUUAUUAUAUCUUAAGCGUAAUUAUAUUGAAUUUAGGUAUUUACAGUAUUUAUUGAUCGGAUAAGUUAUUAAAAAAUUAAGUCGUUCGGAAAAACGAUCCAAGGAUUUUCAAUGAAUAGGAAAAUUAUCGAUGGACACGAUUAGUAAACAGUUUUGUUUCAUCAUGAUCUCGUCCAAUUAUCUCGACGCGUGUUAAACCUUAACAAACAAUAUGACGUUAUCAGGUUAGUGUACAGUUGCAGACGCAGAAAACAACACCCAUGGGAAAGGACACGGACUCGUCGAUGACCAUGGGGAAAGAGUCCACUUGAUGUUGGGGGUCCCUUUGAAUGCAUGCAGCACGGCACUGUCCCGGAAAUCAGUCCCGUCACGCAGGCCGGAAACUGGACGAUGCCACGUUGCUGGAUUGACAUUAAAUCCCAUCAACCAUUCUCUCUGUUCGAAGCAAUUAUUCAUUCCAUGUUAACGUAUUACAAAUUACAAAUUAAGCUUGAUUUUCGUGAUGCGCUUAAUAGUUCAUCUAAUUUAAAAACGCAAAUUUCUAAAAAUAUUCGUAUAACACACUAACUAUAAAUCACCAUUACACGUAUAAGAUAUGUAUCGUAGCAUUUCUCCAUUCUCAAGAAUUGUUUCUCCAGUAUCAAAGCUCGGAGAAGUCUCAUCGAUACUUCUCUCUUCCCAGAUUUCUCUUCGAACUGCACGAAUGAAGGCUGCAAUUGGUCCAUCAAAAUCGAAUUCCACAUCAACUGCAUAUAAUAUGGUGCUUUGUCGGCUCGCUUCCGCCACAGGUCCCGUAGCCUGAAAUUUAAAGAUCCUCAGAGUGUGGGUACCUAUGAAUACACGUACGCGCGUGUGCAGGUGUACGAUGGGCGUACGCCGUGCAGCUUGCAAAGAAUUGCACACGAAGGAAGAGACUCGCCUGUGGGAAAGUAACGCAACACCAUGAGAGCCAGCGACCUGGACCGCUGCUGCCAAACUCCCAUAGCGGCGUAUGCAUGCCAUAGCAGCGUGCUCGUGGUGCUGGACGUGCUUGUUGCGUGCACGAGGAUAAAGUGGCUGACCACCGUGGUUCCGAUAUGCUCUCUGACUUCGUUCUAGCCGAGUUCCCGUCCCUGGUGAGAUCAAAGAGGGAUGCUGAAGCACGUGUCAGUCUCGCCGUGGCGAGGGCGAGCAGAUAGCGUGAGCCUGGCUUCGAGCGGGGGUGCGAGUAGCUGCGGAAGCGGAAGUCCUACCCCUGGACACACACCACCGCCGUCAAGGGCAUCUUCGUGCGCUUCGCUUGCGCCCUUAACCGCCCUUUCGAGUUUUUCUCCCGCCGACGCAACUCCACAGCAGACAACCAUAAAGGUGUACGCCAACUGCCUGCGACCAGACAUCGAGUACAAGACCCUGUGCAUCUCGUACGAAACGACUUGUCGUGAGAUCGUCCAGAACUUAUUGAACAAGUAUCGCAUGAGGCACCGUGAUCCCAAGCUGUACUACCUCACCAUGGAGGUCACCGUACGAAGACCCAACGUGAGGACUGUUCUUCCUUUGGACGAGGAUGCAAGGCCUGCCGUCUUACAAUCGUGUCAUCCUCGUGGCGAUUCCAGAUUCUCGUUACAAACACGCCGUGGUGGACUUGUCAAAAUAUACGACAGCGCGCUCAUGUCCGGAUCAAAGUACAAGAGUCUACUAGUCUCAGAACAGACUACCGUGGACGAACUGAUCCAGAUGUUAUUGAGCUGCUACAGUUCUAAAGAACGCGUCGAACAAUUCUCUCUAUACGAGGUCUGCGAAGGCGAAGAGUACCAAAGGAAGUUGCAUCCUGACGACUCACCCCUUAAAGUCACGCAACGAUGGGCAAGCGCCGAUCGUCAUCUUCGCAUAAGACGCAACCCUGACUACAAUCCUCACAGAAGAAAAAGCAUGUGGGCGUCGGACUCGAGCAUCAGCAUGGCGAUGUCAAGACUGAAUCUCCACAGUACCCAUCAGGUCCAUUACAACCCAGGAAACGACAACAACAAUCAUUUGCAGUUGUAUCAGCAUAAAGAUACCAGUUCGAUCAACAAUAAUAGCAUCCAUAAGAUCGACCAACAUCAUCUGUCCUUGGGCUCGCUGAAUCAGCAACCAAGAAUCGUGGUGCCCCACGCGACACAACUACCGCAGUUGCAACUGCCUCGAAUGCAACAAUUGCCUCAGAGCGUUCCAUCAACGCCAAUCUCAUCGAAACACAUCACAGCGUCCUCGUACGCGGACUACGAAAAUUAUUUGUUCAUAUAAACGUCGUAUAAUUAAUUGUAAUUUGUUGAUAGAGUUGAUUCAUAAAUGCUAUACAAUGUGAAAGUGAAAAAUGGAGUUGUAGCUGCAUAAAAUGUGCUGAUAAUUGGCUGCAGCUUUUUCUCAAUCGUGUUAAGCAGUAUUUGAAGCAAGAAGUUGAGUAACGACGAGAGCUAAAAUGUGGCGAGAUUUUUCAGGUAGAGCCUAGUUUUCUUUGAAAAUUAGAAUUUGAGGGAAGAUUUUGGUGGAAGAUUAAUUUUCAGGAAUGUAGUUCUUCAGAUUUGAGAUUAUUUGUGAAUGGUAAUGGAUUAUGAAGAAAUAGAAAGUAAAUGGUAAAAAGGAGCACGGAUUAGUGUCCCGGCUAUAUCACGUCGAUCAGACGGAACAAAGAGAAUUACGAUUAUAGUCAAUAGCGAGAACAAUUGUACCAAAGGUAGACGUACGAAACGUUAGGUAAAUAGUAUAUUCAGCCGUAUAUUGUGUAAAUGUCUUGCGAUAGAGAGAUAUGCUAAUGGACAAAGUCGGAGUGUAAUAACAUGUAAGCCUUUGGGACUUAUCUGAACGUCGUCGUUAAAGUAUUGAAUUAAAUGUUUCACAAUUUUAUGAUGUAUUACGAGGAGAUAAAUAAUCGAGGGGAAUAUUGAUAUUUUUACAGCCAACUUUUAUAGAAUUUGUAUAAGAAUUUAAAAAUGGUACAAAAUAGUCCCGCGGGUUUCACACCAUCGUGUAUUUAUAUGUUAGAAAUUACGGUUUACCCAAGAAGAUCGAGGAAUGUAACAGUUAUUUAUUUAUAACAUUCGUGUAUGCGUUUAAGAGAGCGAGCCUGGGAAUUUUAAGUUAUUUUAGCAGGAUCCCGUGCUGUAAAUUUCAUCGUGCAAUACGAUCAAACGGGAUUCGAGUGUAAAUAUAUUGAAUAAACGACGAGGUACUCGGAUAGCUUUGGUAAUUAGCCCUAGUAGCCAGUCGCGAUCGUAAAUGUUACAAAAAUGAACGAGUUUAUCUGGUUUAAUUUUCACAGAGCUUGCAUUUAAAGAAACAUACUAUCAAUAUUAUAGAUUCUUUUUAUAAAUUGUUGUAAAUAGGCAAUUCUAUCUUCUAUCUUUUCUACUCUUUUCAUCGCGUUUCGUUAAGGUUGCAUCGAUUGCCAAAGAGUCGCCACAAUAUAAAACUGAAAACCGCGUAGAUUUAAUCACGUGCGACAAAACAAGCAAAGCCUAUUUCUUUUUCGCCGCUUAUGCGUGUUGCAAAUGUGAAAUCGUUGCGUCGAGAUUGCGCAAAUAGAUGGCGAGUUCCGCGCGAUUUACCAGCUUAACUUGUAACGAGUACAAUGAACCUUGUAUUAUCCCAAGCGACACGGUAGAAUGUAAAUAUUCAUUUUGUAACGUCGUUUAUAAUUCAUCGAAGAAAAAAAAUUUCGUCUCACGUGUCUAAAAA